UAAACGGUGUAGAAAGGCUGACGUCUACUUCCACAGCAUGAUGGCCGCCUCGAUUGCAGUCAUGCAGACACACCGGGCCAAAACACGGUCCAGGACGUUAAUUCAAAAGAGUUACAAACGUUUGGACAGUAGUAUUGUUUUCUUUCUUUCAUUAGCCUCCUUGUUGCAUUGUGCCUUGGCCGACGGUAAAACUCUGGUCUUACUGGAUAACCUAAACAUCAGAGACACCCAUUCAAUCUUCUUCCGUAGUCUCGCAGAUCGCGGCUUUGACCUUACAUUCAAAACAGCUGAUGACCCCUCACUGUCGCUCAUCAAAUAUGGCCAGUUCCCGUACAAUCAUCUGAUCAUCUUCUCACCAUCAGUUGAGGACUUUGGAGGCAAUAUAAAUGUGGAGACCAUUACAUCCUUCAUCGAUGGCGGAGGAAAUGUCUUGGUUGCUGCCAGUUCUGAAAUUGGUGACCCUCUGAGGGAGUUGGGCAGUGAGUGUGGCAUUGAGUUUGAUGAGGAAAAGACCGCCGUCAUCGACCAUCACAACUAUGAUGUGUCGGAUCCUGGAGAGCACACCCUGAUUGUUGCUGACCCAGAGAACAUGCUGAAAGCUCCCACCAUUGUCGGCAAACCCACCAAUAAACCGGUUUUGUUUAAAGGCGUUGCCAUGGUGGCUGAUCCUGACAACCCUCUGGUCCUGGACAUCCUUACUGGCUCGUCUACAGCCUACUCCUUUUUUCCUGACAGACCUAUUUCUCAGUACCCCCAUGCUGUUGGCAAAAAUACUCUGCUGAUUGCCGGCAUUCAGGCCAGGAACAACGCCAGAGUGGUUUUUAGCGGCUCCCUGGACUUCUUUAGUGACGCCUUUUUCAACUCUGCGGUGCAGAAAGCCACACCUGGAUCUGAACGACACGAGCAGACUGGCAACAUGGAGCUGGCUGAGGCUCUCUCCCGCUGGGUGUUCAAAGAGGCUGGUGUCCUCAGGGUGGGUGCUGUUACCCAUCAUCCCGUGGGUGAGACUAUCCCACCUGCAGCUUACACCAUCACCGAUCUUGUGGAGUACAAAAUUGUCAUUGAGAUGCUCUCUGAGGGCCGUUGGGUUCCUUUUGAUGGUGAUGACAUUCAGCUGGAAUUUGUGAGGAUUGACCCCUUCGUCAGGACUUAUCUCAAGAAAAACGGUGGGAAAUAUAGUGUCCAGUUUAAGCUGCCAGACGUGUACGGAGUCUUCCAGUUCAAGGUGGACUACAACCGACUGGGAUAUACACACCUCUACUCCUCCACCCAGGUGUCAGUGCGUCCCCUGCAGCACACCCAGUAUGAGCGCUUCAUCCCCUCAGCGUUCCCAUACUAUGCCAGCGUCUUUUCCAUGAUGUCAGGACUCUUUGUCUUCAGCAUUGUCUUCCUGCACAUGAAAGAGAAGGAGAAGUCUGACUAAAUCUGAGGGGGUACAGAAAAUGAAUACCAUGUAACUUUUGAAAGCAACUUCAAAUUGAAUGGGGGGGGGGGGGGGGGGGCAUUGCAAUUUUUUUUGUGGGGUUGGUAUCGUGGCACUCAAGUAAGUGGGUCUUGACACUAAAAUAAUGUGCUGUUUUUCUUUUCACUUUUAUUUGAAAACAAUUCUAUCCAUGUUUCGUACUUGAUUGGUAAGCCAUUUUAUAAAAUGAUGUGACGUGAGCAAGAAUAUCACCCACCCGUAUCAGUUGACCCGCAUUUCACCAUCAUGGUGGUAGCCACAUGCACUGAACAAAACUAUGCCAACUGCUAAAUUGCCUGUAAUUGUUUUGGAUAAUAAAGUUGACAUUCCAUCUGUCACGUGA